AUGGCAACUUCUAGAGGCCGUAGUUCGUUCUGCCGGCAACCAUGCCGGCGCUCCGCGCUUUUGCUUCUCCCCACUCUUGCGCUCCUCGCGCGAACCUCCGCCUUCCAUUCGUCCGCGCGUUCGAGGAGAGCCGCGCACUGGCCCGGCAGAUCGCUUGCCGGCAACAGCUUGGCGCGCCACACUGCCCCCAGACCAGAAGACGUGGUACCCUCGGAUUUCGGGGGUAGAUUCCGGGAUCCCAACGCACCCCUCGCUACAACGGCAUCCGUAAUCAGCCCGCAGGAUGUCGUGAUCGCUCGCGCUGUUGUCACAGCCGAGGCCACGUCAUUCGAGUCAACGCGGUCAGCGCAGAUCAGCAGGCCAGCCAAGGCUACGUCAUUCGAGUCAACGCGGUCAACGCAGGCCAUCAGCAGCAGCAAGAGUCCGAACCCAACGAGGAACCCGAGCGCCAAUACCAAGAUCCCGCCUAAGGGCGGAAAUAAGAGCCCUCCCAAGGGCACGAGCAAUAAAAGUCCGCCCAAGGGGGGAAACAACAAGAGCCCACCUACAGGAUCCCGCAAUAAGAGUCCCUCCAAGCCGAAUAGCAGCGUUGCUUCGACCCCAAAGCCCCCGCAACAAGCGUCCAAGUCCCCCUCGAAACCGAACCCGCGCUCCCCGCCCGCUCAGAAGCCCCCUGCGCAGAAGUCCCCCCCACCGCAACCUUCCGCUUCCCCCAAGAAGACUCCCCCCGCCCCCGUGAGCGGGAAAGGGAACCUCGGGACGACGCAGUCCGCAAGCGGAACGGGCGCGAGCGGAAGCACCGGAAGCACCGGCGGAACUGGUUCGAGCGGCAAAACUGUUAGCACUGCGGGGAACUCCACCGGGAGUACUGGAAGUUUCGGAAGCACCGCGAACAGCGGCAAUAUCACGGGCUCAUCGGGUACCACGGGGACCACGGGCAGCACGAAGAGCACGGGCAGCAGCACGAACAGCACGGGCAGCACGGGCAGCACGGGCAGCGGCACGAACAGCACGGGCAGCGGCACGUCAAAUAGUACUGGAACUGGCAGCGGCAGCGGCAGCGGCGGUGGUAACUCGACCAGCGGAACGGGAAGCGGGAGCAGCGGGGGAAAUUCUACUAGCGGAACUGGAAGUGGGGGCGGAACCGGGACCGGAGGCGGAACCGGGACCGGGGGCGGAACUGGAAGCGGGGGCGGUACUGGGAGCGGGGGCGGAACUGGAAGCGGGGGCGGAACAGGAAGCGGGGGCGGAACCGGGAGCGGGGGCGGAACAGGCAAUUCAACGGACAAGCCGUUCGUGUGGACGAUCCCGCCGCGCAAGAAGGUGCCGGGAGUGGACAAGUCGUUCGACAAAUACUUCAGGUUCCCCGACUGGUGCCAGGGUAGCAACUGCCGCAAGGACAGCAACGGAACUGUUACCAUCGCCGCCACGAAUCAGUCCGUCGGAGUCUUCUACUCCAAGGACUAUUACAAGUACGGCGUGUACAGCCUGCGCAUGAAGCUUCCCAGCAACUACUCGGGCGGCAUCAUCCCGUGCUUCUACCUCAUCUCGCCGGGCCCACAAGGCUACACAGACAUCCACGAUGAGAUUGACUUUGAGUUUAUCGGAGGGGAAACCCCCAUGGAUAUCACCAUCCAUACGAAUCUGAUCACGGGCGGGCAGGUUAAGCUGGAGCAGUUCCGCUUCCCGUUUGACCCGUCCGCGGAUUUCCACACGUACUCGAUAGUGUACUCUCCGAUGUAUGUCAUGUGGAUGGUGGAUGACUAUCCGAUACGCAUCACCGUCAACGAGACGAACCAUCCGUUCCCAACGCUGCCCAUGGAAUUCAAGGCUUCGAUAUGGGACUCCUCAUCAUGGAGCUGGCUCAAGGCGAACUACAGCAACGGCCCCGUUCAAGCGCAGUACCGCGAGUUUGACUUCUCCCGCUCCUGCCAAAUGCCGCAAGACCUUUCUGAACCGCCCUGCCUGCGCCUCCGCUCGCCCAAGCACGCCCCAUGGCUGUCCAAAAUGACUCUGCCCCAGCUCAGAAAGGAGAGGGCGUUUAAAAAGUACUACACCAAGAAGCUUUACGACUGGUCUGAGGCCAAGUGA